AUGGCGACGCGGGGCAUUGCGUCAGAAGUGCCGGUGGAAGUGAAGAGUCCAGCUCAAUGGUCAGCUAAUCCAGUUGGGAGGAGUGGAGGCGUGGAGGCGUGGAUGAAGUCUGACAACGAAGAGCUUGAACGUUGCAACGAUGAACCGGUAGAAGAACAGGUACCUGGGCUGGUAUGUGACAUGACCCGUGGAUGUAGGUAUGCAAACGGCUCGGGAGGGCAGCAAGGGGACAACGCAUCAAGCCUUCCUGCACGUUCAUGGCAUGGUGCGGCGCAAAGGCGUAUCGGUGCAGGGAACGACGACGGCUGGUCGUUGCUGGUGUUCGAGAAGGAAAAUGGGUUCCGCGGCUGGAUGUAG